AUUCCAAGAUCUUUCGAAGACUUGCCUGCUUGAAUCAGAGAACCUCUGAUUUGGUCUCUCUGAUACUCUAAAAGCAAUUGCAAGCACAAGGCCAAUAUUACAACAUAUUCAUGCUCUUAGGUCUUCCAUUGUGAAUGGCAGAAGCUAGAUUUCUAAAAUCCUAGCUUUGUACAGGCUCAUCUUCAAACUAGCAGUCUGGGACUUGAGGAUAUAUUUUGAAGUGUGUAAUAAUCAGUCAAGCCCAGCAGAAUCAUUAAGUAGAGCAUCAAAUCCGAGGUAGCCCAUUCUGCUUAUUAAGUAUUAUUGAAUUAUGCUCUUUCGGGCAGGUUUCAGAACUUUAAAGAACACCUCCAAUAUUAAACACUCGCUGUCAAGUAGGUGAGGCUGUUGUCUUUCAUGAACUCAAGUGACCAGGAGAGUCCAUGCAUGCCUGUAGCUUAGAAUCUGAUACCAUUAAUCAAGACUGUAAAACACCUAGAGCUUUGAAUGUUAACCAUGAUUAAAAACCUCAAAAACCAAAUAUGCGGUUUCACCCAAAAACCAAAAUUGGCCCUUAAUUGAAUGAUUUGGUUCUUUCUGACUCAAAUACUGCAGCCAAAGACCCUCCUUUGCUAAAUUUGUGAAAACGAAAGAAUUGAUAAUUAGAGGGACUUCUAAAUAAACCUAGUCCUAUUAAAUCUCAAUAUA